UUUGUCUGGUUUCCCAUCAUGCUCUGGGCUUCACUCCUCCUCACGCUCCUCUCUUACACCUCAGGUUCCGUGGCCCAAUAUGUGCUGACGCAGCCAUCGUCCGUGUCUGUCGCUCCACAACAAAAUGCCCAAAUCACUUGUUCAGGGAAUAACAUCGGGGGCAAGAAUGUGCACUGGUACCAGCAGAAACCCAGCAAGAGCCCCGUACUGAUUAUAUACAAUGACAGCAGCAGGCCCUCAGGGGUUUCAGACCGAUUCUCUGGCACCAACUCUGGCAACACAGCCACGCUCACUAUCGCCAGGGCCCAGGCGCAGGACGAGGCUGAUUAUUACUGCCAGGUGUGGGACAGCAGCAUGGCUCACAGUUGGGUGUUCGGAGGAGGAACCAUUCUAACCGUCACUGGUCAACCAACAGUACCGCCUUCAGUGCUGCUCUUCCCUCCAUCCCAGGAAGAGAUCAAGACCAACAAGAAAGCCACCUUGGCCUGUCUCAUAGAUGGCUUUUAUCCGGGUCUCAUCCAAGUCAGCUGGCAGGCUGAUGGCACGGCCAUCUCCUCGGGAGUGGAGACAUCCAAGCCCACCAAACAGGAUGACAAGUACGUGGCCAGCAGUUACCUGACCCUGAGUGACUCAGAGUGGGAACGCCAUGACAUUUACGGCUGCAAGGUGACACAUGACGGGAAGACCAUCACAAAGACGGUGAACAGAGUGGAGUGUUCUUAAAGAUUGGGUGACUCAGUGGUGGCCCUCAUCCCUCUGGCCACCAGGAAGAAAGCAUCCUUCCUCCAGGAGGCCAGAUCCAUUGUCUUGUUUCCUCCUAAUGCUAAUUUGAUUGAUAAAGGCUGUUUUCUGUUCUAUGUAGUUCUCUUCCCACACCGUCUCCAUGCCUGUACUCUAUAGGACCCUCCUUUGUAUGUUUGCUUCUCAUUUUAGUGCAUGAAUAAAAGUUGAGAUAUUUCA